AUGUACAAUAGAACAUCAAAUGGUUUUUCAUCACUUUCUUCCAACCACCAAGAACCUCAAAAACUACGGUUCAUGGGCUAUCAUCACCGGAGAAACCAACAGCAUCAACAAGCCUUUGCUUUCCAACUAGCUCAAAAAGGUCUUCACCUAAUCUUGGGUAGCAGAAACCUAUCCAAACUUAAAGAAGUUUAUGAUGAGAUUGUAUCGGUACACCCAACCACAAAGAUCAAGAUUUUCACUGUGGAUUUUUCCGAUGAGAAUAUGGUGGUUGGAGUUAGGUAG